GGUAAUAGAAGGCUUCAUUUAUUUUGUGUGUUUGUGUGCACUAUGCACUCUCCAAAGCUUUUGUUGCUUUGUGCUUAAUGGAAGGCCCUUGAGCUUUUCCUUCUUUCUCUGUCUCCGCUCUUUAGGUUUCACUCUCACACUCACUAACCUCUCUUCUUCACUCUCUCAACUUCCUCAGUUCGUAAAUUUGGAGUCUGAUGUCUCCGCCACUGCUGGUUACCGAAGAUGAAGGGCAGAGCAAUGCCUCAAUGGUAGCAACUGCAUCUUCACAAUCCUUGGACUGUUUCUCACCAAAUGAGGCAAGAUUGAAAGAACGCAAUUACCUCGGAUUGUCAGAUUGCUCUUCUGUGGACAGUUCUACUGUCCCAAGCUUGUCUGCUGAGAAAAAGAACCUGAAUUUGAAGGCCACUGAGUUGAGACUGGGCCUUCCUGGAUCCCAGUCACCCGAUAGGGAUCCGGGUCUUUUCUCACUGAAUUCAGCAAAACUUGAUGAGAAGCCACUGUUUCCUUUGCUUCCUACAAAAGAUGGAAUCUGCUCAUUGUCCCAAAAACCUGUGGUUUCAGGAAGCAAAAGAGGUUUUGCUGAUACUAUGGACCCUGAGUUUCCUGGCAAUGCAGGGAUAAACAUAAUGCUAUCUCCUAAACCUUCUGGAGCUCAGCUGACCAUAGUGAAAGAAAUUCCAAGCAAGGUGUUACAAGAAAGGCCUUCUGCAGCAAAUGGAACUGGUCAUAACCAUACCGGAGCUUCCAUCAGUGGCAGUGCACCUCCUGCUUCUAAGGCACAGGUUGUUGGUUGGCCUCCUAUAAGAUCAUUUAGGAAAAACUCUUUGGCAACCACUUCAAAGAACAAUGAUGAAGUAGAUGGAAAACCGGGUCCAGCUGCACUCUUUGUGAAGGUCAGCAUGGAUGGUGCUCCUUAUCUGAGGAAGGUAGAUCUAAGAAAUUAUACAACAUACCAGGAGCUCUCUUCUUCCCUUGAGAAGAUGUUCAGCUGUUUCACUCUAGGUCAAUGUGGUUCCCAUGGAGCUCCGGGAAGAGAAAUGUUGAGUGAGAGCAAGCUGAAGGACCUCCUGCAUGGUUCAGAAUAUGUACUCACCUAUGAGGAUAAAGAUGGUGACUGGAUGCUUGUAGGAGAUGUACCAUGGGAUAUGUUCAUUGACACAUGCAAAAGGCUGAAAAUCAUGAAGGGUUCUGAUGCCAUUGGCUUAGCUCCCAGGGCCAUGGAAAAAUCCAAGAGCAGGAGCUAGAUGGUAUUGGAACUGUUGACUGCGUUUUGUCUACUACGGUAAAGUUGCUGGAUAUGAGAAGGUUGUGCAAGGAGAACUAUGGUAUAAAUGACUGAAUACCGGGUUUUGAUGGUUAACUGCUAUUUAAGAUGUUGUCUAUGAUUACAAGUCCCUGAAUAGUGUCUUUGUCUUUUGUUUGUGUUACAUUUGUUUCUACUAUAAUUCCUUAUGAAGCUACCAUGCAUAUUAGUAAUUGUGGAGUCUGUAAUCUUAUAGGAACCUGUUUGUUUUGACAAGUUGAAUGUAUGUUACAAUCAGUGUAUUGUUCUCAGUGAUUUGCUAUUAUUCCUUAGUUUUUCUUUCUUUUUA